AUGGCGCGUAGACGCAGACCACCCAGGGCCGGCGCCCUUCACGAGCUGCAGCCGCUGCGCACCGCUGCCCAGAUCGCCGUCCUGCAGCUCCUCUUUUACGCCAUCGCGCUCGUACUCAUUGUCUUUACCUCGCUCGUUGCCGGCCAGCCAUUUGGUGUUGACCUGCUCCUCGGCUGGGAGUCGGUUCGGGGCGACAACACGCAGGGCUGGCUGAUGGCGUUUGUCUGGCUCUUUGACGGUGCCCUCUGCAUGGCCGUGGCCAUUGUCAUCCUCAUCGCCCGCAGCAAACUCGUCCCCGAUUUUGCCCUCACGAUACACUUCCUUCAUCUCGUCGUGGUCACGCUCUACACGCGCUCCCUACCGCGCCACUCCAUGUGGUGGCUCACCAUGUUCGCCUCGUCGGCUGCGGCUGUAGGCUUGGCCACGUGGGGGUGUCGGUACCGCGAGCUGCAGCCCGUCUUUUUUGGCGGACGCAUCCUCGGCGCCGGCGAUGGUGGUGCGUCCUCCGCUGCCAGAGCAAGCUCUCCGCCGCCAGGUAGCAGCACGGGCCAUGCUGAUUUAGAGGCUGGCCAUGGGCCGGAUGGCGAUGAUGUCACAGGCUAUGUGCAUGGCGGGCGUGGCAAGGGUCGAGGGAAAGACGGGCAGGGCGACUACGAGAUGGUGCAGAUGAAGACUUCAUCCUGA